AUGAACCUUGAUGAAUCGAACUACAUGCGAGGCAGCCAAUUUAUGGAUUACAUUUUGGAAUUAAUUCUGAAAAAUGAAGACCAGCAGCUGGAUAAGAUUUUAAGCGAACAAGCGACAAAGAGAGGCUCGAAUCCUUUGGAAUUAACAAUGAAAAACUUUGAAGAAAUGUUUGUGUUUGCGUCGUUCGCAGGAUCUGUGCGCUGCUUGACAGUUUUGACAAAAUAUGGACUGAUAGACGUCAACUUUCUGGCGAGCCUCAGGACCUCACCUCACGGGCUUCCUGUCACGCCACUCAGAAUAGCCGUGGAAUAUGAUAACAUCGCUGUCGUAAAAUGGCUUUGCUGUCACAGGGCAAACGUCAACAACAGAGAAGCCGUAUGGAGUACGAAAUCAGAUGAAAUCACUUCCGGUUCGUUUAUUUCUAGCACGUGCUCAGUCCCCUGUAUGACGCCUCUGCAUUUUGCCCAAUCUGCCGCGUGUGUUAAGAUUCUUUUGGAGAAUGGGGCCGACAUGUCUGCGCAAGACUGCAUGGGAAAGACACCUGUGGCAAUGGCAACACUAUACGGCCGUUUUGACGUAUUGGAAGCACUCUGUUGUCACGGAGCGCCUUUAAAUCUGGCGAGCUGUUGGGGAGCGACUCCGCUGAUGUAUGCUCAAUACGGGCGCAGUAAGUCUGAACGAGUGUCAGCUACGGAGAUUUUAUGUCGGUUUGGCGCUGAUGUUGAUUUGCAAGACAGAAAUGGACGAACUGCCUUGCAUCUGGCCAAAGAUGUGGAGUGCGUUUGUCUGAUUCUUGCUUAUCAUGGAGACCCUAGUAUUGAGACGGUCUUUGGAAAAACAGCCCUUGUCACAGCCGCUGAGAAUCAACGCUUGGACAUUUGCCGCAUGUUAUGUGACGCACAAGCUGUGGUAAAAGCUACUUCGUCAAAUGUUCUCACACGUGCGUUUUACUGUGAACAUAUCUAA